UGUCACAGGGCAGCACCAAAUGGAAUGAUGUCAUAGAACAUUACCGAGUUACGUUGCAGUGAGUGGCUGGCGCCGCAGUGAGAGGGGCUCGCCGAUGACGUCAUAGCGCUAGAACCCAAGUGGAGGGUGACGACAUCGCUUCCAGUGCGCAAAAAAAGGCCCCGAAUGUACAUCCGGGUCCUGGCGCUGCUGUUGUCGAGGGGUUGUUUGGUUGGUUUGGGGGGGGCAGAAACAGCCGCGGCCGGGGGCUUUAUUUCAGAUUCUUUUUAACAUACAUCCAGCUCGCCUAAUAAACUGCAGGAUGCGUGCCUGGGUUAAGAGCGGGGUUGUCCGCUGUUUGACACACUGAACACUGAACACACAGUUCAGGUUCUCCCUCCACAAACAAGCCCCGUGUGUGCUAGCGCCCCGUUUCUCUCUCUCUCUCUCUCUCUCUCUGCUUUUCCUCUCAGUCUCUCUCUCUCUCUGUGUUUUGGGAUUUCAGACUCUUAGUCCGCCAGGAUGGGUGCAUUUCUGGACAAGCCAAAGAUGGAGAAGCACAACGCCCACGGUGAGGGCAACGGGCUGCAUUUCGGCCUGAGCAGCAUGCAGGGCUGGCGGGUGGAGAUGGAGGACGCCCACACGGCUGUCAUUGGCCUUCCACAUGGCCUGGAGCGGUGGUCCUUUUUCGCCGUUUACGACGGCCACGCAGGGUCGCAGGUGGCACGCUACUGCUGUGAACAUCUGCUGGAGCACAUCACCAGCAACCCCGACUUCAGGGGCGGCGGCGGAGGGGGCGACGGUGGCACAGACGAAGAGCCGUGCGUGGAGAGCGUGAAGUCGGGCAUCCGCACGGGCUUCCUGCAGAUCGACGACCACAUGCGGCAGAUUUCUGAGAAGAAGCACGGCGGCACGGACCGGAGCGGCUCCACGGCGGUCGGCGUGAUGGUCUCGCCGCGCCACGUCUACUUCAUCAACUGCGGAGACUCGCGUGGCCUGCUGAGCCGCGGGGGCGCCGUCCACUUCUUCACGCAAGACCACAAGCCCAGCAACCCGCUGGAGAAGGAGCGCAUCCAGAACGCAGGAGGGUCCGUCAUGAUCCAGCGCGUGAACGGCUCCCUGGCCGUCUCCAGGGCUCUGGGGGACUUUGACUACAAAUGCGUUCACGGUAAAGGUCCCACGGAGCAGCUGGUGUCGCCCGAGCCCGAGGUGUACGCCAUCGAGCGCUCGGACACGGAGGAUGAGUUCAUCGUGCUGGCCUGCGACGGGAUCUGGGACGUGAUGGCCAACGAGGAGCUCUGCGAUUUCGUCCGCUCGCGACUUGAGGUGACCGACGACCUGGAAAGGGUCUGCAACGAAAUCGUGGAUACCUGCCUGUACAAGGGAAGCAGAGACAACAUGAGCGUUGUGUUGGUGUGUUUCGGCGGAGCACCGAAGGUUUCACCGGAGGCCGUGAAGAGGGAGGCGGAACUGGACAAAUAUCUGGAGAGCCGUGUGGAGGAGAUCCUGAAGAAGCAUGGUGAAGAGGGAGUGCCCGAUCUUGUGCAUGUGAUGCGAAUGUUGGCAUCUGAGAGCAUCCCAAACUUACCGCCUGGAGGAGAGCUGGCCAGCAAGCGAAGCGUUAUUGAAGCAGUAUAUAACAAACUUAACCCGUACAGGAGUGAGGACACAGAUUCCGCGUCCACAGACGACAUGUGGUAGCGUUGAUCUUUUAAACCCGGACACACAGUUUACAACCCUCCAGAACCCGCAUCAGACCCACUACAGCUUCGGCUCUGCCCAGACGACCCGGACCGCUCGGAAGGACGCGCGAGAGGAGGAAAACGUUUCACUUCUUCGCUCACGCCAUCGACACUUCUCCAGAAAGUGGAUCGACGUCCAUAUCCUCUCUCUCUCACCUGUUCUAAACCCAGUGUCCCUUGACCCGCAUCAUCUCCCCCCCCUAAACCCGCAGCUAUAGAGUCACAGUUUUGUUUCUCUUUCCUUUUUUUUCUUUUUUUUAUUUUUUUUUUUUUCUCUGAUUUUUUGGGCUGUAAUUAAUUUGAUUCACAUUUCCUCGUGUGUUUGUAUAUUUCUGUUUUUUUAUUGUUUGUUUUGUUUUGUUUUGUUUUGUGAAGUGCAAUUGUCUUGUACAAAGAAAAAGCCUGUAUCAAAUGCAGCUUGACAUUAAAUAAAAAAAUAAUAAUAAUGAAAAAUUACAAAACGUAAAAAAUAAGAAAAAAAAAAAAGACAGGAAAGAGCAAACCUUUAUGCACUAUCUGCCUUUCUGUUCCUUAAACCCCAGAAACGUAAAAGCUCUGCGUAAAACCUCCUCCUCUCUCCGCUGUUCCGUAUCGCCUUCCCCACUUUUUCCAUUUUUAAAACGGAAAAAACAAAACAAAAAAAGGUCAGUUUUUUUUUCUUCUUCUUUUCUUUUCUUUUUUUUUGCUCAUUAAAUAAAACGGGUAAACAAAUAUAUAGGCACACAAUGCCGAACGCUUGCUUUUUUUGUUUGUAUAUAGAAUUAGUUACAUUUUUUGGUUUUCUUUCCUCUCUUUAUCGGCACAUAGGAUGCAGCAGCGAUGGUGUGUGCGUGCCACUGUCCUGUCUUACUCGCUACUGUCUUUUUGAAUUUUGUUAAAUGAUGUUUUAUUGUUUGUUUGUGUUUUUAUUUUUUAAAGAAUCCAUUUAAACUCUUCCUUAAAACCAAGCUAAGCUCAAACGUGUGUCCGUAUGUAUGUACACUGUGUGUUUGUGAGUGUUCGCAUGAGAGAGAGAGAGAAAGUGAUCAGGAUAACGUGUUAUUAGCAUGAAUAAUGUUUUUUUUCAUAAAAAUCACCCGGCUCCUCUUU